CAUAGAAAUGUCACCUUGUGUUUAAGCGGGAAUACCAAAAUUUGAAGCUAUUUGAGGAAGAAGUUGCAGAAGAAGAAAGAGAGACAGAGAGAGAGAGUUGAAUCAACCCACCAUGGAAGAAGCCAUACAUCGAAUUGUCUCAGAGCUCGAAACUCACCACUCUCUCUCCGAUCCCAAUUCCCAAACCCCCAUUUCCAAAUCUACCCUCUUGGAUCUCCAAACCCUACUCGACAAUGCUCUCAACACCACCGAUUCAGUCGAUAUCGAACGCCUCUACGAUGAGCUCUCUUCAAAGAACCUCUCUCCAUCUUCUCUCCUCCGUCCAAUCACUUCGUCCAUGGAUUCUAGUCCGACCCACCUCGCUCUCUUGGCCUCCAAAGUCUAUCUCUCUAUUCUUCUCUCUCCUAAUUCCCCUGUUUUUACCCUCUUCACUCCCAUGGCUUUUCUCUCUCUUCUUCGCUCGAUUCGCCGAUCCUUCAAGAACCCAAAUUCAGCGCCUUCCUCAGCUGAGAAUCGGACCCGAAAGAAGAAAGGCGGUGGCAAAGCCGGGCCUUCUCGCAAUCGGGCUCGAAACGUUGAAGACGAUGAAUGUGGGAGUGAAGAGAAUCAAUUUGAUGUGAGGGUCUUCUUUUCUGUGCUUGAAAGGUUAGAACUUGUUCUGGGUUUAGUUCAUUUGGAUCGGUUUCCGGAUAGUUUGAAGUCUUUGAUUCAAACUGUGGCUGAAAUUCCUGUAAUGGCAGUUGAAUUGUGUGGAGGUUCAACGAGUUAUAAUAAGUUAUGUGAUUUGUGUUCGCGGAUUUUAAGCGAAUUAUUGAGGCCCGAGCAUGGGGAUCCAGCAAUUACUGCAGCUGAGGUGUUGAAGUCAUUGUCACCGGUGAUUCUUUUGCAUAAAUCGCAGGCGCGGACUUUUGCACUUGGUUUCGUGGUGAAUAGAAUGACGGGUUUGGCAAAGGAUUCAGGUGAAAUCAAGAAGGCAAUUGUGAAUCUGCCCAAGUAUUUGGUGCAAAAGGCUCCUGAGAAGUCUGAGCCUAGGGCAUUGGCAGUGGAAUCGAUAAUGGAGAUUGUAAAAGCGAUAGAAUACGAGGAUCAAACUGGAUUUGCAGAUUAUGUAGUAAAGAUGACCCAAGGAAAGUCCCAUUUUAGGCUAUUGGCUGUGGAUCUUGUUCCAAUGCUAAUGGUGUCAUUGAGAGACCCUUUGGGGCUGAAUUUUGAAAAUGGGGAAGAGAAUUCUUGGGGGUUGAGGUGUUUGGAGGCCUUGAUUAAGCGAUGUUCGGAUUCAACUGCAGGGAUACGAGCUCGGGCUCUUACAAACUUGGCGCAAUUGGUGGGGAUUUUAUCGGGUGAUGAUAGGAGUCGUGUGGUUUUGAAGGAAGCAAUGGAGUUUGGUAAUAGGCUAGAAGGCGGAAUGAAUGACUUACUAAGGAAAAGAUGCGCGGAUGAGAAAGCUGCUGUAAGAAAGGCUGCACUUCUUCUAAUUUCCAAAUUGACUGCUCUUCUUGGUGGUACUUUUGAUGAAGUUGUGCUGAAGACCAUGGGUGUGGCUUGUUCGGAUCCUCUUGUUAGCAUUCGUAAAGCGGCAAUUUCAGCUCUCUCUGAGGCCUUCAGAAAAUUCUCAGAUGACAGUGUAACUAAAGAGUGGUUACAUUCUGUUCCACGGUUAAUAACUGAUAAUGAAUCUAGCAUUCAAGAAGAAUGUGAGAACCUGUUUCUAGAACUGGUCUUGGACCGAGUGUCCAGAGCUGGAUCUACUGAUUUGCCACACAAUAAACCUGUCUUUCAUGAACCAAAUUUCAAGGCAGAAAGCUUAGAAAGAGAGAUUGAAUUGUUAUUUCCUGACGGAGUUUUAGGUCUAUUGAAAGAGAUCUGUAAUGGGGAGGUGACACCUUGGGUGAAGAAGAUCUGUACAAGCCUAGGAAAGAAGAAACGGCUCAAGCCCAAAAUUGCUAUUGCCCUCCAAAAUAUCAUAAUGACAUCUGAGUCAAUGUGGUUGAGUCAUUUGAUGCCAAUCGAGAAGUGGACUGCCCCUCCUGGGGCUUGGUUUCUUCUAUCAGAGGUGUCGGCAUACCUUUCAAAAGCAGUGGACUGGGAGUUCCUCCAUCAUCAAUGGGCUCUCCUUGACAAGUAUGCACCAGGUGGAGAGGUUAAGAGCUCUCUUGAACAAGGACUUGAAGAUGAAGAGUUUGUGGGCACUGAAUCAAAUUCUGUUGCUUGGGCAGGAGAUCGUGUCUUCCUCUUGCAAACAAUUUCUAAUGUCUCUGUAGUGUUGCCUCCUGAACCUGCGGCAGAUUUAGCUCAUAACUUGCUUAAACGAAUUGAGGAGUUUAGCAUGCAUUCAACAGAGGUUAACGCUCAUGUAAAAGCACUCAGAACAUUAUGCAAGCGAAAAGCUUUGAAUCCCGAGGAAGCUGAUGGUCUUGUUACAAAAUGGGUACAACAGCUUCUCUCUAAAGCUUCCCAAAUUCUUGAAAUGUACAUAUCAAAGGACUCAGUAGCUAACAAGGACAGUACCUUUUUUACACCUCCUAGAAGUGGCAGCAAGAAGGGCAAGAGAGCAGAAUCAGCGAUGUGCAGAUUAUUAUCACAAGCAAUCACUGCAGUUUACACUAUUGGGUCCUUGGUUAUUGUUUGUCCUAGAGCUGAUUUAAAAGCCAUUAUUCCAGUUUUGCACACCAUUAUUACUUCUGGGAGUUCUGACCCAAAAUUGACUAAAUUACCUGGCCCUGCUGUUUCUAUAAAACAGACAGCCCCUUCUUUGUAUAUUCAAGCUUGGCUAACAAUGGGGAAGAUCUGCCUCGCUGAUGGGAAACUUGCGAAGCGUUACAUUCCUCUUUUUGUGCAGGAGCUUGAAAAGAGUGACUGUGCGGCCCUUCGCAAUAAUAUUGUUGUAAUGAUGGCAGAUUUUUGUGUACGCUAUACUGCUCUAGUUGACUGUUACAUAUCAAAUAUCACAAAGUGUCUCUGUGAUCCAUGUGAGCUUGUGAGAAGACAGACAUUUAUACUGCUCUCCAGACUAUUACAGAGGGACUACGUGAAGUGGAGAGGUGUACUUUUCCUACGAUUUUUGUUAUCCCUUGUUGAUGAAUCGGAAAAAAUAAGACAUCUGGCUGAUUUUCUCUUUGGGAACAUCCUAAAAGCCAAGGCACCACUUCUAGCUUAUAAUAGUUUUGUUGAAGCUGUUUUUGUUCUGAAUGACUGCAAUGUGCAUACUGGACAUAGUAGUUCUCAGAGUUCAAGAGCUGAGAGCCGACUUUUCGCUAUUAGAGGUAAUGAUGAGAAAUCAAGGUCUAAAAGAAUGCACAUCUAUGUGUCAUUGCUGAAACAAAUGGCUCCAGAGCACCUUUUAGCCACUUUUGCCAAGGUAUGUGCAGAGAUCCUUGCUUCUGUAUCUGACGGCAUGCUGAGUAUAGAAGAUGCUACAGGACAAUCAGUUCUGCAGGAUGCUUUCCAAAUUCUCUCAAGCAAAGAAAUCCGAAUUCCAUCCAACCGCGGAUCAUCAUCCGAUCCUGGAGACAUGGAUGAAGAAGGUGGAGGAGAUAGCGGCAGUGCAGCUGCAGCUGCAGCUAGAGGAAGGGUUAUAACUCAAGCAGUCAAAAAAGGCCUGAUCCAAAACACAAUCCCCAUAUUCAUAGAGCUAAAACGUCUCUUGGAAAGCAAAAACAGCCCUUUAACCGGUUCCCUCAUGGAAUGCCUCCGAGUCCUUCUCAAGGACUACAAGAAUGAGAUCGAUGAGAUAUUGGUAGCUGAUAAACAGCUGCAGAAAGAGCUCAUUUACGACAUUCAAAAGUAUGAGUCGUUGAAGGCAAAGUCAACGGCUACUGAAACUGUUUCAAUGAUGCAAAGAUCAGAUGCAUUUCGUUCGCCUGGAACUUCCAAGGCCGUGACAGACAGUAAUGUGCAUAGUAAAGUACCUGGGAUGUUGAUGAGUGGGAAUUCGAAACUUGAUUCAGCAAUGGCAGAUGUGGUGGCUAGAGCCACGGCUCGGUCAGUGCUCAGGGAAGUGAAUCAGGGUGGUAAAACACCACCACUGAGUGCCAUGAGUGUGCCUAAGCUCAAGACUUCCAUGGGAGGAAUGGUUUCGAAAGGAGACCGGUCCGCAGCUGUACUGGAAUCUUUGAGAAGACAGUGUUUUGACUCUGAUGAAGAGAACUGAUCACUUUUUAGGCCAUAUGGGAACUGACUCUGUAGUUCAUUUUCGUUUUUUGAAGCUUAUUCCAUUGUACAUAAAACAUUCUUGUUAGUUCAUAAGAACAUUGUUGUAAUUUGUGGCUGUAGUCAAAUUACAUGACAUGUUUUAAUCCAAUCCUAUGAUCAAUUUGCAGCAA